GCCUGCCUUGACCUGUCGUUUGCCUGCCCCUGUUGCUGUAAAAAACAUUUACUUCAACACAGUCUGCAUUUGGGUCUUACCUGAAACAAAAUAGCUGAAUGAUAAAUACAGCAGCCAAUACAACUCACGGCUGGGGAGUUUGAAAGAAGAGUGAACUCGGGAUGGCGGUAGGCUAUAGCAGUUAUUUGUUCAGACCCGUAACCAUUCAAUCUUAAUGAAGAGAAAGGGAAGUAAUCUGCAUCUUAUUCUAGUUCUAUAUUAUUCAAGUAUGUCAUUACAAUGAAGAUCUGGAAAACAAAACUUUUAACUGUUGAAUGCAAGGAAAUAAUGAAGCAACAAUCGAGAAAGAACAGUGGCUCUCAGCUCUCUGCUAUGUCUUUGGAGAAGACCUCCGAUCUGGCCAAUGAGAACACAUGUCUGCCGUCCUCACUGACCCUUGACCUCCGCUCCCCACAUAGUGCUCUGCUUGAUUCUGACCUGAGCAAGAAGGCCAAAGGCACCACCUCCACCAAGAAGCGCCACAAUUAUGCCACAUCCACUCCUCUGGACCUGCUGAAUGGCACCAAGGGCGGCAAUGACAUCGAUGAGGAUGAGUGCAGUCAGCAGCGAGAGGAGGAGAGGGUCCGGAACCAGGAGAACGAGCAGGGCCAGCACAGCACAGGGACCAAUGCCAAGUGGCUCAAGGAGGAUCAGAAUCAACUGCGCAAGGUGGCAGAGAGGCAGCAGGACCAGAAUAGAAAUUCUGACCAAGAUCUGAAUCACAACGAGAGCCCAGAAGGAAACCCCAACCAGAAUUCUUUAGUGGUGGACCAGCAGGUGGAGGACAGUGAGCAGAACCCCUCUUCUAAGACCCUGAGGUCCCUGUGCUCUGACCUGAAUGAGCCUCUGCUGAUCGAAAACUCAGAGGCCCCUCAUGGGAAAGAGGAAAAAGAGGAAGAUGAGGAAGAGCCUCUACUUCUUCCAACAGGUGGAGAGAGGGACACAGACUCGUCUGAGGCGCAAAGUAGCAGUGAGUCUCAGAGAGAUGACAGUAGAGAAGUCAAGGAAACCUGCUUGCUGUUUCAGGGCAGAAAUGCAGCACCCAGUGAUGAGGACUCCAGCUGUAUGUCACUGUCUCAGGGCAGCACAGCCAACAGCACGCCGGAUGGUGACCCAGAAUCUUACUGGGAUCGCAGUGCGUUUGAGACGGACACAGACCUGCCUGCGGGGUGGAUGCGGGUCAGAGACGAGUCCGGUACCUACUACUGGCACAUCCCCACAGGCACCACCCAGUGGGAACCCCCCUCUCCCCUGGAGGAGGGAGAAGCCCCAGAGAGACCCUCCAGUACCUCCCCUGUCAUCACACCCAGUGAGGAGCCACAGUUGACGUGGAGUAGUCUCACCCAGUCCCGCCCCAACAGGUUUAAUGACGAGGAGUUCUGGAAGGAGGAAGAUGCAAUGGCUGAUCAGACCCUGAAGGAUUUUGAAGGAGCCACAUUGCGUUAUGCCUCUAUCAAUCUCAGCUGUUCACAGUCUGAAGGAAAGGAGAAGAUGAGCUCACUCAUCAAUGACCUGGACGCUAAGGUUUUUGCUGUGCGGUCUCUGGGCUGGGUGGAGAUAUCAGAGGAGGAGAUGGCUCCAGGGAAGAGCAGCGUGGCUGUCAACAACUGCAUCAGACAGCUCUCUUACCACAAACACAACCUGCACGACACGGCUGGGAUCUGGGGAGAGGGAAAAGACAUGCUCCUUGUUCUGGAGAAUGAGACCUUGAACCUGAUUGAUCCUUUGGGCCAGACUCUGCUGCACACCCAGCCUAUCGUCAGCAUCCGAGUGUGGGGAGUGGGCCGGGACAACGGCAGGGAGAGGGACUUUGCUUACGUGGCGAGAGACAAACUGACUCAUGUUCUGAAGUGCCAUGUGUUCAGGUGUGAUACACCUGCUAAGAACAUUGCCACCAGCAUGCAUGACAUCUGCUCUAAGAUAAUGGCCCAGAGGAAAUCAUCCAAGUCCUCUCUGAACAGACUCAACAUAGACCCCUCUAAACUGGUGGACAUUCCUUUCCAGGAAUUCCCUGCACCAAAGAAUGAGCUAGUCCAGUCCUUCCAGGUACGUUACCUGGGUAACGUGCCGGUGGCUAAACCCGUAGGUAAGGAACGCUUUGGUAUGGACCUAGUCAACGUAGCCCUCAACACAGCAAUCAAUUCCAAAGAGAAGGAAGAGUGGACGCCAGUUACUGUGAACGUGGCUUCAGCCACACUUACAAUAGUCACAGCUGAGACAGAGGAGGUUCUUUCUGAGUGCCGGGUGCGGUUCCUGUCCUUCAUAGGCGUGGGGAAGGACGUCCACACCUUUGCCUUCAUCAUGGCCGAGGGCCCUGGGGACUUCAUCUGCCACAUGUUCUGGUGUGAGCCCAACGCUGCCAGCCUUAGUGAGGCUGUGCAGGCCGCCUGCAUGCUGCGCUACCAGAAGUGUCUGGACGCCAGGCCCCCCAGUACCAGCUCCUGCCUGCCAGGCCCACCGGCCGACUCCGUGGCACGUCGUGUGGGCUCCAGUGUCAAGAAGGGGGUUCAGAGCCUGCUGGGCAGCUUCAAGAGGUCUGGGUCCCAGACGCCCUGAGAGGUGCCAACCAACUAACCCACUCCAGUCCACCCCCAGGCCCAGCCCACCAUGCCAGCCAUGGCUCUCCUCACUCCAUUCCCUCUCUCUCCCCCCACCCUGAGGUGUUAUGGUAUAACCUGCUUCCCUCUCAACACCUGUCAUCUCUUUUAGAUGUGAUGUCAGAGCCGUGGGCAGUGUGGGCUGCCGGUGUGGUUGGGGUACCAGUGAGCCUAGCACUGUCCACACCUGCUCCACGCUUUUCACUUCCUUCACGUAAUCCUUGGUUGGACAAGUAGGCCAUGUUUUCCUUCCAUUGUUUGUUUAAUCUGUGAUCUGUUAAGAGGAAACUGCUGGACUCAUGGACAGUGUUUUGAAUGACAGCAAUAGUUGGGUAAAAUUGGUCUAGUUUGCAAAGUACCAACACUAAUUAUUCUUAGGAAAGCAGUACUGUUCUGUAACAUUGUCUCUGCGGUUUGUUUUGCAGAACAAAUAUAGUAUAUUAUUUGUGAGGAUAGAAUUGGAAGAAGUGCAAUUGAAUUGUGAAUGUUGAACUCAUGCCAUUUGCUUGUGGAACUAUCAUGUUGGUUUUCAUUUCAAAGUAGAUUUGAAAGAAAUGAUUGAGAAAUAAAAUGGCAUGAGAAGUCUGUAUAAAAUGCAUCAUGGUGAAUGUCAGUGGUGGAAAAACUAAGACUCGCUAGCUACGAAUGUAAUAUUCGGCAAAUAAAAUGCUAAUCGUUUGGGUCAUUAAAAUCUAUACUUUGUACAGUACAUUUGUUAAUGCCUAAAUAGCUUAGCAUCCCCUCUUCCAUCUGAUGGAGCUGGUAAAUCAGCAAGUGCAUUAUCUUUAUUUUAUAGCUAUAUUUUUAUUUGUAUGUGUAUUGCAAAUUGCACUAAAAAGUGUAGUUCAGCUCCUCAAAUCUGAAAUGGAGAUGGCAUACUUUUAGAGCAUGGCUCAAGUUUUAAUGAAACCUCAAAUCUCAAAGAAAGCUUUGGCUAUCUUUUACUGCACUCCAGCUGUAUACCAAGUGGGGGGUACUAUAUGUUGGAGUCGAGGAAUAUAUCAUCUUUGUGAUGCCAAAGCUAGAAGAAUCAUGUGUUUUUUUAUGGUGUUCCUCUUCAGAUCUAUUGUGGAAAUUGACCUGAAGGUGAUUUUACCAUCCUUUUGUUAUGUUCAGAUAACCCAAAAAAUUUUGAAUCUGUUUAACAACAUUUUCCUUUCAUGUACGUUUUUACACAAACGUGUCAAGUGUUAUACUCUGUUCCCUCUACUCCAUUCUCUAUGCAUUUUUAGUGUAUGUUUUUUGUUACGUCUAAGCAGAGUGACAGAGCUACUGUUAGCUACCGAGGUGUCCCUGCACACUAACAUCUGCCAACUUUUGUCUCGUAACCAAUUGGGUCUAAGGGCAGAUGGUACGUUUAGUAUUGUUACGAUAGACAUGACACUGACAAAUAAGAUUGUAUUUGUCACAUGCGCCGAAUACAACACUGAAAUGCUUACUUACAGGCCCUUAACCAACAAUACAGUUGAAAUUACACCAAAGUAUGUCAUUACCACACACUGUUCGUUUAACACCGACUUUAUUUUAUGUUUUUGAAACUUAUGACUGCCCUCGGGUGGGCUUUCAAGUAGUCUUGUUCAUGAGCAGUGUGUCUGACAACACUAUAGGAGAGCUAAGAAGCCUGACACUUUCAGUCUUCAGAAGGCAUUUUGUUAUGCAGAGAUUGCAAUACGGAAAGUGUUGCUUACCCACAGACAGUGUUUUUCUGUGAAAGAGACAGACUUAAAGUAUGUGUUGGAGUUUCUUCCUUGCGGUGUAAGUCAUAUGAACACAACAUCUUUAAAAUAAUUUAUCCCAUAGUUGACUGACUAGAUUUUCCCCUUUUUUUUUGAAUGCAGUUGGUUCAAAAUAAGUUAUAUUUUUUAUGAAAUUAUAUUUUUCUAAGUGUGUAUAAUAUACUGUAUCUGUGAGGUAGACAUGCCUUUUUUUUUGUGCCUCUGUUCUUACCACUGUGGUCACUGGUGCAGCAGUGUUUCCAAAUCUGUAUCGCUAGACUAUAGUUAUCCUCCUUCACAUUAUAGCACCACAGUUCUUCUUCCUCUCUCUGACCUGUUUUGGACAGCAGUUUGACCAGACAAUAAUGAAUUUGACUAAUGCCUUGCUUCAGCUGCUCUGUCACUAAGUUUUGACUCAUAAAAACAGAAGUGUAUGUACAAUUUUGUUUUUUGUUUUUACACAUUCAGAAUUAAUUUAAAAAAAAGUUUAACUGAAUUUGUGUCCGUGUAAUUUCCUUUGGUCCUAUAAUUGUUACUCCUUACUAUACACACUAUGUACUCUACUACUUACUAUAAGUGUCAGACAUUGGUUGCCUUAUACAAACAGAGCUUCCUGGUGUUCUAUUUGAUUUUGAAUGCACACUGUGUAAUGUUGUACCAUGCUUUACUUCUGGAGGCCUCAAUAAUACUUUCAAGAAAUGUUGUGUUUUGUGGCUAUAGAUAUGACUACAUGAAUUCAAAUGUUUUUCCUCCCAUUUCAAUAGUGACUGUCACUACACAUCUCAUCCACAUAUUUCUCACCUGUUUCUUUUCAGUUUUGCUGAGAAACCUGUUUUCACCCAUAUAUUCACUACAGUGUAGAUGCCAACCUAUGGGAGCACAUUGCAUGGCUGACCCAUAAAUGGUAUAUAAGGACUGACCCCAGACUCAGAACAGGGGAGCGCAGAGGUCUUCAGUGUGUUUCAGCUCUGUGAGGACAAAUAUAGGACACGAUAGGAAGUCUUGGGUAUACGUUUAACCUACCCAUUGGAUCAAGCGUAUACAUUGGAUACGCUUGAGAUAUUUAGGUUGCUUUGGUGACAUUUAAAUGAUAAAUAUGUCUAAGGAUUAGUCAUGGCAA